AUGACUGUGAAAUCAAAUUUUUUUUUUGUCUUUUUACAGCAUAAUGCGGCUAAUUGGUUUUCACUGGUCUAUAUAAUAUGUACAAUUCCGGUAGGCUUUUUUUCUAUGUGGAUGGGAAGUUCAUUUGGACUUCGGCUGUCUAUUCUUAUUGCUGCUUGGGCAAAUGCAAUAGCUGCUUUGGCUUAUCCGUUCAUCAUGUUUCUUCCACCAAAGGUUUCUGGUUCGUGGUUCGCUGUAGAUCAGCGAGCUGUAGCUACAACAAUUGGCAUCAUGGCCAACCCGCUGGGCGUGUUGACUGCAAAUCUCGUUGCGCCGCAGCUCGUUAAGUCACCAGAUGAGGUGUUACGAAUGAACAUUCUGACUGCUGUGCCAGCCGUAGUUGCCUGCAUUGCGGCAACAUUUUUCGUCACUCGUUCCGAACCACCAACUCCACCAUCACGUAGUGCCGCUCAACCACAGACACCAUUCAUUCCAGGUUCAUUGAGGAUUUUUUCAACUUCGUUGAAAUCAACAUUUCUAACUACGCAACAAUUGCUCUGCACCAGAGGCUACUCGAAUGGAGUUGCUGGUGCUUGUGCUGCUUUAAUGAUCACCGGUGGAAUCUGCGGAUCUGCAGCAUCAAGUAUUUAUGUUGACAGAACGAAAUCUCAUAAAAUAACGAUAAAAGUAUGUAUGUCGGCAGCUGUUGUUUUUGGUAUCUCGUUUCUUGUGGUCACUGGCCUUGCAGCAUACCCAAUUGGCCUGGAACUGGCCUCUGAGUGCACCUUUCCGGUCUCUGAAACAACCUCAACUGGAUUUGUGGUUCUCAGUGGACAGGUAUUUCUUUUUUUUUCUGUUAUUUUCCAAAAUAAGGCGUUGUUUUCGAACUGCAUAGCUGAAAAAUCAAAUUACGAUAAACAUAAUCAAAUCACGAUAAUUAAAAUACAAUCAAUUAUUUUUGUGCUGCUGAUGAAUGUAACAACAAAACCGCUGAGCAAAGAGUACAAAAAGAUUGAAGUAAUGUCGAUAAUUGCCACAUUUCUUGCUGUAAUACUAGUGUUCUUCUUCAAUCCAAAAUACAAACGAUUGGAAAUGGAGAAAAGUAGUUCCGGGACGAGUUCAACAAAACCUUUGCGGUCAGCAAAAGACAACUCCGAGCUACCAUUAACAGAUCUGAGACCAGUGAAGGAUGAAGCAUUGCAACCAUUGGCAACAACCCAUCCAAGUAAUUCCUAA